AUGUCUUCCAGUGGAGAAAAGUCCUCUAAGGCCCCUUCCCAGACCGAUGGGAAGACCACUCAGAAGAAGUCUGAGAUGGGCAUGAUGGCUUACAAGAUGUGCGUGUUCGACCAGGAGAACUUCCAGGGCAGGUGUAUAGAGAUCAGCGCGGAGUGCAUGAACGUGUGUGACAUGGGCAUGGACAAGGUGCGCUCUCUGCGUGUGGACUGCGGCCCUUUUGUGGGUUUUGAGCAGAUGAACUUCUGUGGUGAGAUGUACAUCCUGGAGAAGGGAGAGUACCCCCGCUGGGACUCCUGGAGCAACUGCAACAGGAACGACUACCUCUUGUCCUUCAGGCCCGUCAGAAUGGACCCCGAGAAGCACAAGAUCUGCCUGUAUGAGGUUGGAGAGUUCAAGGGCCGUAAGAUGGAGAUCAUGGACGACGACGUGCCCAGCCUGUUCUCCUACGGCUUCACCGACAGAGUGGGCAGCAUUAUCGUGAGCUGCGGAACGUGGGUGGGGUACCAGUAUACCGGUUACCGUGGCAGCCAGUACCUGCUGGAGAAGGGCGAGUACAGGCACUUCAACGAGUAUGGCGCUCGCCACCCCAUGAUCCAGUCCAUGAGGCGCAUCCGUGACAUGCAGUGGCACCCACACGGCUGCUACACCAUGGCCACCAAGUGA